AGACCGAGCGGCCCGGGUUGGAGCGCCCAGCCCCGCAGCGGAUCAUGGUGCAGCAGGCGGAGAGCUUGGAAGCGGAGAGCAACCUGCCCCGGGAGGCGCUGGACACGGAGGAGGGAGAAUUCAUGGCUUGCAGCCCGGUGGCCCUGGACGAGAGCGACCCGGACUGGUGCAAGACGGCGUCGGGCCACAUUAAGCGGCCGAUGAACGCGUUCAUGGUGUGGUCCAAGAUCGAGCGCCGGAAGAUCAUGGAGCAGUCUCCCGACAUGCACAACGCCGAGAUCUCCAAGAGGCUGGGCAAGCGCUGGAAAAUGCUGAAGGACAGCGAGAAGAUCCCGUUCAUCCGGGAGGCCGAGCGGCUGCGGCUCAAGCACAUGGCCGACUACCCCGACUACAAGUACCGGCCGCGGAAAAAGCCCAAGAUGGACCCCGCGGCCAAGCCCAGCGCCAGCCAGAGCCCCGAGAAGAGCGCGGCGGGCGGCGCGGGCGCGGGCGGCGCCAAGACCUCCAAGGGCUCCAGCAAGAAGUGCGGCAAGCUGAAGGCCCCCGCGGCCCCCGCGGCCCCCGCGGCCGGCGGCGCCAAGGCGGGCGCGGGCAAGGCGGCGCAGCCCGGGGACUUCGGCGGCGCCGGCGCGGCCAAGACCGUCAAGUGCGUGUUCCUGGACGAGGACGACGACGACGACGAGGACGACGACGAGCUGCAGCUGCGGAUCAAGCAGGAGGCAGACGAGGACGACGAGGAGCCGCCGCACCCGCAGCUCCUGCAGCCUCCGGGGCAGCAGGCGCCUCCGCUGCUGAGACGCUACAACGUCGCCAAAGUGCCCGCCAGCCCCACGCUGAGCAGCGCGGCCGAGUCCCCGGAGGGCGCCAGCCUCUACGACGAGGUGCGGGCGGGCGCGACCUCGGGCUCCGGCAGCGGCAGCCGCCUCUACUACAGCUUCAAGAACAUCACCAAGCAGCACCCGCCGCCGCUGGCGCAGCCCGCGCUGUCGCCCGCGUCCUCGCGCUCCGUCUCCACCUCCUCGUCCUCGUCCAGCAGCAGCGGCGGCAGCAGCGGCGAGGACGCCGAUGACCUGAUGUUCGACCUCAGCUUGAAUUUCUCCCAAAGCGCUCACAGCGCCAGCGAGCAGCAGCUGGGGGGCGGCGCGGCGGCCGGGAACCUGUCCCUGUCCCUGGUGGAUAAAGAUUUGGAUUCGUUCAGUGAGGGCAGCCUGGGCUCCCACUUCGAGUUCCCCGACUACUGCACGCCCGAGCUGAGCGAGAUGAUCGCGGGGGACUGGCUGGAGGCGAACUUCUCCGACCUGGUGUUCACGUAUUGA